AUGGCAGCAUUAAAACGAAUAAUUGAUUUAAGUAAUAAGGAUACUCAACAAGCUUGGGAAGAUGUUCGAAAUGAUGCAACUGAUACUAAUUGGAUUUUAUUAACUUAUGAUGAUAAUGGUGAAGUUAUACUUUGUGGUAAAGGUUCAAGUGGAUUAAAUGAAAUGAAAAAAAAAUUACGCGAUAAUCAAAUUUAUGUUGGUGUUAUUCGUGUUCGAGCAGUUGAUGAUUUUGGUAGUCAACGAGCAAAAUUUGUAUAUAUUAAUUAUGUUGGAGUUAAUGUACCAACAUUACGUGCUGCUCGUGCUUCUAUGCAUAAACGUGAUUUUGAACGAUUUUUUCAUGGUUAUCAUAUUCAAAUACAUGCUGAUUCUCAAGAAGAAUUAUCAGAAGACAAUAUUAUAGCAUUACUACAAGCAUGUGCUGGUGCACAUAAACCACAAGCUUACAAAUUUUCUUAG